UCCCUCACUGCACACGAGUCACCAUCUGUUCUGUGUGUGGGGGUGUCAGUCUCUCGUCCAAGCAAGCAAGCGAAGCUAGCUCAGCUUCCGCGCGCCACCAUGGGCAAGGCCAGGCUGCUGCUCGCGCUCUCGCUCGUCGUCGUCCUGCUCCUCGUCGAGACCACUGCUCCCCAUGGACAGGCUCACGCCAUCGACUGCGGCGCGAGCUGCUCGUACCGGUGCAGCAAGUCCGGGCGUCCCAAGAUGUGCCUGAGGGCGUGCAACACCUGCUGCCAGCGCUGCGGCUGCGUCCCGCCGGGCACCUCCGGCAACGAGGACGUCUGCCCCUGCUACGCCAACAUGACCACCAAGAACGGCAAGCACAAGUGCCCGUGAUCCAUCGCCAGCUUGCUUGCUUGCUUGUUACCAGCUUGCUUCCUCCUCCUACCUAGCUACUACUAGUACCUAAUUACCUAGCCAUCACCCGUCGAUCAGUUCAUCUAUUAUCUAGUACUACUCCCACCCUGGAUCGAUUACGCAUGAAAAAGCUCAUCCGCAUGAAUAAAUGAUGAAUUAAAUACAA